ACGGACCCCUUGCUCUUUGCGCGUGCUCACGGUGUGUCCGUGGCGGGCCUCGCCGGCUGGGUGGCCUCAGAAAGGAGGCAUGAGGUGGCGCCCAUGGGCCACCAGGAGCCUGUGCUGUCCGUCAGUUACCAGGGGACAGGGAUCUGAGGAUGUUCAACAACAGAUACGACAGGGGCUCAGCUGAAGGACCCUGCGUGGUGAUGCGGACUCAGGGGCGGCCCUGGGCCAGUCUGUUUCUUCCUGGUGCUGCACAAGGACUGAGGGCAUCCUCGGGAUUUCUCAUGAAUGGUCCCCACCUUCAGAAGGUGUCCAGAGGGGCUCCUGUGUUGUCCAUGCUCCCCUUGUCUUUCUGACUCCCUACAACCCUUCACCCAUAGCCUCUUCCUCCCCUGCCAGGGUACCUCUUCCCAUUCGCCCAUUUUCCAAGGAUUCACUCCAUUCAACAGCAGUAAUCACAUUUCCACCUCCAACAAUCCCACUGGCAUCUUACAGUGUUGCAGGCUCAGGUGUCCAAAGCUCCAUCUUUAGGCCAGUCACUGAGGCUCUGCUGAGCAGGGGACCCUGGUGAGUGGGCCGGGGAGGAUCAGACCAGCCUGGUCUCACCCAACUUCCUAAAAGUUGAAAUAUUGCCACCAAAUGCCUGCUGAGCCCAGGGGAUAAUUGCAUCACAAUCAUGCAAUUGCAAGGAGCUAUGACCCCAGCCUCUAGCCAUCUGGGGCACAGAUAGAAGAGAACCUGAGAAGAGAGAUGCAUACCCAUGUGCUUGAACCCUUUGAGAUAUAGGCAAAAUGGAGAGACAGAUGGGGAUCGAAAUACCAACUUUAUUCCUGAUAAAAGCUGGAUUGGGGAUGUGGCUUAGAUAUGUGGCAAUAAAGGGACCCCCAACACUGAACUCCAGAACUGGGCUUAGUCGCAUGGCCUCAGGCUGCUCCAGCCCUCUCCCACACUAUGCAGGCCCCUGUCCUUGUGCACUUGAGCUUGGAGGAGCCAAUAGAGUCUUGGUCUCUGCAGGCAGGAUGACUCCAGGGAGGCCCAGCAAGGAGCAGGCUCACUCCCACUCCCAGUUAGAGAAGAGUCCCCUAGAAGAUGGGCAAGGACCGGGCCUUGAUUGAUUGAUGUUCCACCUCCUAGAAGGAGACAGUUCGGCAGGACUGGGUGCUCCCACUAAAUAUCCCAGGUGCCUGCUCUUCACUUAUCACUUCUACGUCCCUUGGAGGGUGGCCAGGUUCUCUAUUCUCAUGUCGCAGUGGUGCUGUUGCUGCAGCUGCCUCCUGUCCUGAAACUCUCUGGUCCAUGAUGCCAGUGACCUCAUCUCAGGGAUAGACUUCUGGUUCCCACACGGGGGUCCCAGGUUCAAGAAUCACCCCCACCAGUAGAGGGUCUUGACUGCAAAUUGUCCAGGUUCUUGGAGUUUUGAACAAAGAAUUGGACAAAGCGCACAGCAAAGCAAGAAAAGAAUGAAGCAACAAAAGAACGAAAGCAGGGAUUUAUUGAAAAUGGAAGUACACUCCACAGUGUGGGACCAAGCACGAGCCGUGUUCAGUGGUCUUGGAUACAGAAUCUUCUCUGGUCCAAAUACCCGCUAGAGGUUUCCCAUUGACCACUUGGUGCUCACCUCAUGUAAAUGAAGUGGUGGCCUGCAAUCAGUCUCAUUGGUUGCGGAAAGCAACCAAUCAAAGGCUGAAGUGAAGUUAUAAAGGUCACACUCCUGUGCAAAUCACAGGCUAAAGCGAAGUUACAAAGUUGCACUUCUAUGCAAAGGAAGACUUGGAGCAAGUCUUCUCGGUCACUUCUUGUUCUUUGAGGAAUGAUGAAUUAGAAUCUAAAUGGAAAAUCUGGGCAGAGAUAGAACCCCCAGUGGGAGCCACCCUGCCCUUCCAUGUCUAGAUCAUCUGGGUUCCAACCUCCAUUGGCCUCCAAUGAAAAGCUUUUAUCUUAACUUUGAAGUAAAGUUACAAAGUUACACCCCUAGGAAAACAUCUGAUUGGGUGCAAAAGAAACAACUAUACAUAGGUACUUUCAAUUUCCCAUUGCCCCACAGAAAAGGUGGAGGUUUGCAAAGGGAGUAGUCUCUGGACCUUUUGUUACUUAGGCAUGGAAAGUUAGGGUUUUCCUUUCAAUUUAGUUCUAUGAAGUUAGCAUGAAAUGGCCUUAGGUUCCCUGCCUCCAGACCCUAUUCUCCUGCCUCAGCCACACCACUGAAGUCUGAACUGAAGCUGCUCUUGGUGAAAUGUAUGAGGCCCAUGACCUGGCUGGGUGCCCUGCCUGUGGUCCUUCCUCAAUCACUGCCUCUCCUGCUUUUGAGUUUUCCAGGCUCCAGUAACUGGAACUACUUCUGUGACAGCAGAAACAUUCCCUAUUGCCUGUGCUCCUUGCAGCCAUGGACAAUGCCCCAGGAGUUCCAUUAUUUCCUUCUAAAUAAUCCAGCAGGAUUUUUAGAAGUUCACACGACUUCUUAAUUUGGUCCUGUCCCUUUCCCAACCCAGAUGUGUCUGACACUGUUUUCUGGAUCAAAGAAGCUUUGCUUUCUUCACAGAGGCCUACAGAUUCUCCAUAUACCAGCAGAGCAUGGUGCAUGCUCAUCUGUCUCCAACCUCAUCCGAUAAGAACGUCUCCUUUCCUGCUGCCAGGAGGUGCCCCAGCAUGGGCGUGUCUGCCCGCGAAGUUCAACCCUUAAGGAAUCCCCUGCCAACCUGUGGCUCAUUGGUCUGGAAUUCCAGGUGCUGCUCUUAGCAGCACCUAAGCACAUCCAGGGAAAAGCUGGCACCUUUAUGUCAGUGCCGCUCAGUGGCCUGGGCCUGCCUGCUGCCCAGAGGCAGCGAGAGGGGAGAAUGUGAACCAUACCAGAGCAUACUGGUGUGGUCCAUGCCAGGCUUUCUUGGGGCCAGUGUGCCUCAUAGAGACUGGGAUCAAAGGACAGCUGUGCCAGACAGAGGCUCAGCUUACCAGCCCUUCAGCCCCAUAAAGUUGGGGAGUCAUGAGGGGUAGCAAGAGUAAGAGAAAGAGAGAGAGACCUACAGGUGUGCAGUGCCUGAUAGAAACAGUGACCUUGCGCACCGGAAAAGCUGUCCUCACCAGUGUCCUGAUGCCUGGUCAUUCACUCAUGGGGAAAAGAAGGGCAGAAGUAGAGUGAGGGUAGAAAACUCCCUCCCCGACAUUUUCAAAUGUACCUGGACAAGCAUCCUUAUUCACAGCUGGAAAAAGUUGGAUUCAGUAGAAUGCCAUUUUGAAAACAUCGUUCUGAAGCGCUAACCCCUCUCGCCCCUGAAUCCUCACUGGCUUCCACCCUCUGCUGACUUUGGGCCUCGGAUUCCAGUGCCCCCAGGCUCCCAGCUGCCUCCCUGUCCCUGCCCCAUGGUUCUGCGUGGAGUUCUGGUCCCUGGUUGUGUCCUGUGGCCCCAUUCUCAUGUGCCCUUUGCUUCUGUUUCUUUACCUAUGACUUUAUACUGAUGUAGAGCAAGUCUUCUCGGUCACUUCUUGUUCUCUGAGGAAUGAUGAAUCAGAAUCUAAAUGGAAAAUCUGGGCAGAGAUAGAACCCCCAGCAGGAGCCACCCUGCCCUUCCAUGUCUAGAUCAUCUGGGUUCCAACCUCCAUCCACCUCCAAUGAAAAGCUUUUGUCUUCUCAAGAUUCCAGUUACUUCUCCGAAGUUCUCUUCACCCCUGGCUGUUGCGAGGUGGCCCCAUAGUCAAGAUUCCUUAAGCUCUUGCACGUAAAAUGUUUGCCUUUCUUACCAUGCUGGCUCCAGCCUCUGGUCCCAGGGGUGCGGACAGUUCUCUCUUACGUCUGGUUGAUUUCCAGGAAGGCUAAGAACACUCUCCCCAGGUUACAAUGCCGAGCAUUUUGGUUCUCUCCAGCCCUGGGUCCCAAUGUUGAGACCUACCUUAGUCCAGUUCAGGCUCUCCGAUGGGCCUGAGAGAAGAUUUAAAAGUUUCUGGCUUUACCCUCUAACCCUCCAACCUUCCAUCCCCCACCCCCAGCCAUCUCAGCAAGGGGAAGGGGCAAACAUGGAGACUCCCCCCAGCUCCCAUGUAAACUAUGCCCCCUCUGAGAGGACAGAGCAGCUAAGGACAAUUUUGGUUCAAGGAAAUUUGUUUGUUGUUCAUUGCAUAAACAAGUGGACUUCUGGGAGCUGGCCCUGCUUGUUCCCUGGGCCCUCCUUCUCUGGUCCUGCAGGUCUUGCUGCUUGUCAGGCCUCUCCUCCAACCCUCUGCCACAUUUCAGAAAAGCUGAGAACCCCUUGGAGUGAAAAAGGAGGAGAAACACAGUGUUCAUAGCCAGCAGGAGGUUAAAUAAAUACUUUCACUUCUCUUUUCCCCAUUUGGGCGGAGCCCUUUCUGAGUCAGUCUGUCGGCCGACUUCCUGCUUAGGGCCUGGGCAGCCACACUGCACACAGGCUGGGCCCACGAAGGGGCUCAGAGGCCAGGCUCUGAGGCCCAGGCAGGGCCUAGGGUGAGAAGAUGGCAGAUGGUGGCGGCGACCUGAGCACCAGGAGUCUGAAUGAAUGUAUUUCACCAAUAGCGAAUGAGACGAACCAUCUUCCUGCACACAGCCACGGUUUGCAAAGGAUGUUCACAGAAGACCAGGAUGUAGAUGAGGGACUUCUCUGUGACGCUGUAUUCAAGCACUUCAAAAGACAUAAGGUGGAGAUUUCAAAUGCAAUAAAAAAGACAUUUCCAUUCCUUGAGGGCCUCCGUGACCGUGAACUCAUCACAAAUAAAAUGUUUGACGAUUCUCAAGAUUCUUGUAGAAACCUGGUCCCUGUACAGAGAGUAGUGUACAAUGUUCUCAGUGAACUGGAGAAGAUGUUUAGCCUGCCAGUUCUGGAAGCACUGUUCAGCGAGGUCAACCUGCAGGAAUACCCCGAUUUAAUUCACAUUUAUGAAAGCUUCAAAAAUGUAAUCCAAGACAAAUUGCCUCUCCGAGAAAGUGAUGGAGAAGAGAGGGAGGAGAGGCCUGGCAUCCAACUAAGUCUUGAACAAGGAACUGGUGAAAACUCUUUUCAAAGCCUGACUUGGCCCCGUUGGGAUUCCCCAUCUCAUGAUGGUACAACCCCACCUGAAAAUGGACUCUCAGAGCACCCCUGUGAAACAGAAGAGAUAAAUGCAGACAGAAAAGAUACAACCAGUGACAAAAAUGGUUCGCUAGGAAGCCAACAAACAAAUGAACAAAGUGCCCAAAAGACUGAGCCAACAGAAUCCUGUGAACAAGUCGCUGUCCAAGUGAGUAAUGGGGAUGCUGGAAGGGAGACGCCCUGCCCAUUGCCCUGUGAUGAAGAAGGGGCAGAGCCACACAACCAUGGAAUCCAAAUUAAUUCCUGUUCUGUGCGACUGGUGGAUAUAAAAAAGGAAAAACCAUAUCGUACUUCAAAUGCUGAAUGCCGAGCCCAGGCAUCUGACAUAAUAGUCAUCAGCAGUGACGACUCUGAAGGAUUCACCGAUGUUGAUGAGCCCCUAGAAGUCUUCAUCUCACCAGUGAGAAGUAAGCCUGUGAUCAAUAAUGACAACUCUUUAGAAUCAAAUGAGGAAAAGGAGGGCCAAGAAGCCACUUGCUCACGACCCCAGACUGUACCAGAGCCCAUGGAUUCCAGAAAAUCAUCUAUAUUCAGAGAAGGGUUUAGGAAAAGAGAAUAUUCUUCUGGCUUGGUUCCCUUAUCAUACAUUGAGACCUCCAAAGGACAUUUGCUCCUUUCUGCAGUGAUAGGACAAGACUGCAACUUUUCAGACUCCAGCGAGGAGGAGGCGCUCCCAGAAGUCUUAAGCAGGGCACUGAGAAGCAAGCAUGGUGAGAAGGAUCCUGUGACUUCUAGAAGUACAUCUACUUGGGGAAUACCCAACAGGAAGAGACGUUUCAGCAGCAGUGACUUUUCAGAGCUGAGUAAUGGAGAAGAGCUUCAGGAAACCUGCAGCUCAUCCCUAAGACGUGGGUCAGGAUCAGAGCUACAAGGACCUGAAAAUGAGAAGUGUCCCUGUGUCAUGUGUUUUCCAAAAGGUGUGCCAAGAAGCCAAGAAGCAAGGACUGAAAAUAGUCAAGCAUCUGAUAUGAUGGAUACCAUGGAUGUUGAAAACAAUUCUACUUUGGAAAAACACAGUGGGAAAAGAAGAAAAAAGAGAAAACAUAUACUUAAAGUAAAUGGUCUCCAAAGAGGGAGAAAGAAACACAGACAUAGAAAACACUUAACUCGGAAUAACAAAGUCCCAAAGGAAAGACGGCAACCAAGAGGAAGAAAAACCAACAAUAGACCUUUGAAAAGAAGAAGAAAAAGAGGUCCAAGAAUUCCCAGAGAUAAAAAUAUUAAUUUUAAACAACCUGCACUUCCUGUGACCUGUGGUGACGUGAAGGGCACUCUAUAUAAGGAGCGAUUCAAACAAGGAAUCUCAAAGAAAUGUAUACAGAGUGAGGAUGGAAGGUGGUUCACUCCCAGGGAAUUCGAAAUUGAAGGAGGCCGCGAAGCAUCCAAAAACUGGAAGCUAAGUAUACGCUGCGGUGGAUACACCCUGAAGUUCCUGAUGGAGAAAGAAUUUCUGCCAGAACCAACAAGCACAAGAAAAAAGAGAAUACUGGAGUCUCACAACAAUACCUUAGUUGACCCUUGUGAGGAGCAUGAGAAGAAGAACCCAGAUGCUUCCGUCGACUUCUCAGAAUUUGUUAAGAAGUGCUCAGAGAUGUGGAAGACCAUUUUUGCUAAAGAGAGAGGAAAAUUUGAAGAUAUGGCAAAGGCGGACAAGGCCCGUUAUGAAAGAGAAAUGAAAACCCGUAUCCCUCCUAAAGGGGAGAAAAAAAAGUUCAAGGAUCCCAGUGCACCCAGGCGUCCUCCUUUGGCCUUUUUCAUGUUCUGCUCUAAGAAUCGCCCAAAAAUCAAAGGAGAACAUCCUGGCCUGUCCAUUGAUGGUGUUGUGAAGAAACUAGCAGAGAUGUGGAAUAACACUGCUGUAGCUGACAAGCAGUUUUAUAAAAAGGUGGCUGCGAAGCUGAAGGAAAAAUACAAAAAGGAUAUUGCUGCAUAUCGAGCUAAAGGAAAGCCUAAUUCAGCAAAAAACGGAGUUGUCAAGGCUGAGAAAAGCAAGAAAAAGAAGGAAGAGGAAGAAGAUGAAGAUGAAGAAGAAGAUGAUGAUGAAUAAGUUGGUUCUAGCGCAAUUUUUUUCUUAUCUACAAAGCAUUUAAGCCACCUGUACACAACUCACUCCCUUUAAAGAAAAAAACUUAAAUGCAAGACUGUGUAACAUUUGUUUUUAAACUGUACGCUGUCUUUUUUUGUAUAGUUAACCACUACCGAAUGUGUCUUUAGAGAGCCCUGUCCUGGUGGUAUUUUCAAUAGCCGCUAACCUUGCCUGAUACAGUAUGGGGGCUGUAAAUUGGCAUGGAAAUUUAAAGCAGAUUCUUGUUAGUGCACAGCACAAAUUAGUUUUAUAUGAGGAUGGUAGUUUUUUCAUCUUCAGUUGUCUCUGAUGCAGCUUAUAUAAAAUAAUUGCUGUUCUGUUAACUGAAUACCACGCUGUAAUUGAAAAAAAAAACAAAAACAAAAAAAACCGUUGCAGCUGUUUUGUUGACAUUCUGAAUGCUUCUAAGUAAAUAAAAUUUUUUUAAAAACUCUAUGAGGGAACUGUGUAGACAAGGUAUCAGGUCGGUCUUCUUCCAUGUCUAUUGGUUCUACAAAGCCAAUCUCAAUCCCUCAAAACAAUGGUGUCAUACUUGAAAAUACGACACCCUAGUCAAAGCCUUGGUAAAAUAAUCAGUGUUUCCAAUCUGUCCUGUUACAAAAGAAACAGAUUAUUAUUGAAUUUGUGCAAA